AUGGCUCAUGCAUGUUCAAAAGCAUUUUUAUCUAUACUUAAUAGUCUGUUAAUUAUAUUUGGGAUUGCCUUGAUCGUUCUGAGUUUAUAUAGAUAUAAUAAAUAUCAAUCAAUUCAUCUAAUAAUUGGUGUUAUUAUUCUUGCUUUUUUUAUAUUAUUUAUUGGUAUUUUGGGAUUAAUCGGUGCAGUGAAACAAUCAAAAUGUGCUUUAUCUGUCUAUAUAAUCUUUAUUGCACCUAUUACAUUGGCACUUCUAACAAUACUUAUUAUACUUUAUUUAAAACGAAAUUGGUUCAUAAAUGCAAUUGUUGAUAAUUAUGAAAAAUAUGUAACAAGUUCGCAAUUACUUGACGACGAGAAAAAUGUUGAUAUGACACGUGAUUCUUUUAUUCAAAUGCAAUGUUGUGGUUUUAAAGAAAAAAAUCGGCCGAAAAAAAUUUUUAAUCAAAUUGAUUUUUGUAAUGUUAUUGAUAGAUCAAAACCAUUAUGUGAUGAAAAAAUGAAAAAUGAUCUUCAUCAAAAUUUAGUUACAGUUAUUAUCAUACAUGCCAUUUUGACAGGCUUAAGUACUUUAGCUUGUAUAGUGGCUGCAUAUUUGGCAUGUAUUACAAGCAAUGAGACACGAUAUGAUACUUUUUAA